AAUGAAAAUACUGCUAAAUUAGCUGGUGUCUCAUUAUCACUGGAUACUACUCAACAAGAAUCAGUUACACAUGUAAAUAAUCAACCGGCUGUUGAGACGACAAUCAAUUCCGAUGAUGAUAAUCAUGGAUUAUUAGUGAUUUCUGCCGAGACCAUUGUACGUAAACCUAGUCCAACAGCUGAUGCAUUAGGUUCCGCUGAA